CAAAGCUAUUUAAUAUUAAAAGAGCUAACGUCCACAUAAUGCGAAGGCAAAGAUUUCAUUACAAUAGCAUGAGCCACCAAUUUUAAAUCGAUCUACAUCCUAAAAAUUCGUCAAAAAAGUCAUGUUUCCAAAUUACUGCUUUACGAAAUCGGCCAGACAGUCGGGCUAUGAUGUUUUGAAGAGAAAGGUAGUACGGCAUUCCUCUCCCUCAGUGACGUCAGCCGGCAGGAGAAGGACUCGCCAUCGAACGGAGCGCCAACGGAAUAUAUCCAAAUCAAGCUCUUUGCGGGUCAAAGAUUCGUCCUCCAAAAGCGUAGGAUUCCGGGAAACGCCUGUGAUUUGUUCGAGUGAAAAAGACACUCGCAAACCUGGUGGCGAGGAUAGAAAAACGGAUAAAAUGACCACCAGUCCCAGCAACGAUCCCAAUCGCGAUCUGCAGGAAUCCUUCGCCGACUUCUUUAGCAUUAUUCACGACAAUGUCCUGGAAUCGGUACAGGAUGCUGUGCAGCGAAUGGUGUCGAAGAGCUUUGAGCAAUCCGUGGCCAAAAUGGAACGACUGUCGAAGGACCUACAGAAUCAGGAGGCGAUGCUCAAUAAAAUCUAUCACGAUGUCACCAACAAAAUUGCCGCUCAGAGUGAAGCGAGCUUGAACCAAUUCAAAUUCGUCACCCAAAUGCUCAUCGACAAUCAAACCGUGCACUACAGAGCGCUCAAUCAAGCGAAGGCGAACAAACAGCGGCGCAAGGAAGAGCAAGAUCUGGAAAGGGACCGGAAGUUGGAACGAGAACGGAAGCGGAUGUGCGCUUGCAAGGAGGUGCGAAAUGCACGGGUUCGUAAAAGUAGGAGUUCGAGUGUGGACCUCUUAAAAAGAAGCACUGGUGGCGAGGCAAAGGAACGAGUGCCGAAAGCCCCGCAACAUCAAUUGUGCCAACAGCAGGCGCCAUUGGUUUACCACUUGUACAAUUCCAGUACGGAUCAGGAGUCUACCGCCCGGAGCAAUCAGAUGUCCCGGUCGUCUUCAAGGCAUGCAACUGCUCCUAAUCUCCGAAGCCAAGCCACUUCUUACAGCAUGCCAGACCUUUCCGGCCGUACUUCCCCCAAUCCUAUGCGAUUUAAUCAGAAGCAGCUUGCCUCAAAGGACUCUAGAAGCAGCUCAUCUCGAUCUUCUAACCACAGACAGGAUAAUAUUGUCUGCCUUCCGGCCAUGACCUAUCCACCUUACGUCCGCAAUUGUCCAAUUCCCCGGCAAAAGUUAAUCCGAAAAACUGGUCAGAAUAAAGGCAAAUAGAAGUA